AUGGGUGUUGGUAGAAUAUCAACUAUCCCAGAUGCCGACAAUAAACAACAAAGUUUCACAUAUCACACAGAGGCUCAACCAACACCAUCAGCUCUAGGUACCUCCUUUUUAGUUGCACCUGAUACUACUUAUAUUAUUACUUUACAAAGUAGUACUCCUGACGCACCAGGUGGUGAUGUUUCAUGUACUGUCGUUAUUCCCGCUACCCCAACAACAGGUACAUUACCAAGUACACCAACUUAUCAACCAACAUCAUGUUUGGGAUCGACUGUAACAUUGGUCAAUCCAUCGGCUGAUGUAACUGUAGUGUACAUUGAUGCAAUGUUGGAUGAAUUGGAGGGAACCAAGAACGAGGAUGGGUCAGGCUACACAUUCUUGAAUGUACCAAACAAAGAUUCGUACCAAUUGACCGUUGAAAGUGAGGUAUGUGGAGUACAAGUAGUUGCCAAUGCUUUGAAUGUCAACAAUCAAAAGAUUCAAUCUUUGAACUUGCAAUUUGUGCCAUCUUCAUGCCCCGCUCAAUCCACCAUCACAGUGGCUCUCUCUGAACCAAGUUUUGACCCAACCCCAGAGUUUAUUGUCAACGGACAAACAGCUGUACCUGUCACCUCUCCAUUCACCAUCUCUACUGCAUCUUCUAAUAAUGUUGUCGAGUAUGAUGAUACUGCAGUAUCAGGAUGCAAGGCAAAGGCAAGAUUGGAUGUACCUAAUUUUGCUAGUAGUUCCUUGGUAUACCCCGUAACACACAGUAUUGUACGUUCAACGGAUUGUUCAAAGGGUGCAACUGUCACUCUAUCCUAUCCAACCACUACUUAUACAGAUGUUGAAGUAUACGAUAAGGAUGGUGUCAAGGUGACACUUACAGACACCAACACGGUGUUUACUGCAGUGUAUGGUAUGACGUAUACUGUCACAUCCAAAUUAUGUAGUUUGGACAGUACCAAAAAUAUCAUACAUACUAUCACCGUCCAAGACACCGUACCAAGUAUUACAGUUGACAAGGUUACUGGUACAUGUCAAACUAAUGUCAAUGUUCAAGUUGCCAACUACCUUGACUUUGUUACACUCCAAUUACAGUAUACUUUGGCCGAUGGUACAACUAUCAAGACUGUUGACUUUAUAAAUGGACAGGCUACAGCUCCAAUCAGCUCGACUACUUCGGUUGUCUACAAGACCUCUGCUGCCUGUCUAGCUGCUACCAUUCUCCCACUCGGAUUGACUGCUACCCAAAUCGCAUACACUGUCGUGCCAACUAUCACCAACCCACACACUCUCUGUCAACGUGGUAUUGCAUCGUUUGCAGUUGACGGACUCGACGCUCCAACCCCUGCAACCGUCCCAUUCGAACCAUCGACAAACCAUUCAGUUACGUUUACCGCCAAAGCAACCGUUCCAGCUGGCGCAGACAUUACCCAAGACUGUGCCACAUUUACUUUCAAUUGGACAUCACCAGAUGCUCCAGGAUACACUGUCGUUGCAUCUGCUGAUGGAUUGACUUCAACUAUCACCGUCGACGGUUACUCGGUCGACACAUAUGUGUCUUUGAAACUUGACACUAUUGCCUAUCCCGACGACAAUAAAGGUUGGACUGGUCUUGCAGCUGGUGAACAUGACCUUGUGUUCCAGUGUACUGGUCCAGAUGCUCCAGCUCCCGUUGACGAGUCUAUUGUGUUGCCCGAUGCCCCAGCUACUCCACUUACCUUUACCGUCACUCCAACUGCCGCUACAACAUGUCAAGGUACCGAUGGAAAGAUUAGUAUUGCUAAUACUAAUCCAAAGUCUACCGACGUCCUCACCAUCACUGCUGUCGUCCCAGGUACACUCACUAUUGAUGAACUAAAGACUUCUGUGACUGGUAUUCCCGAUGGAACAACUACUGUCACUUUGACCAUUACAAUCACUGUCGCCGGAGUUACUGGUGACCCCAUCACACAAGUUGUUGAGAUGCCCGUCUUUGUUUCAACCGGACCAACAUUCUCUAUUGAUGCUGGUACUGCUUGCUCUGUAACUACAACCGUCACAAUUGCACAAGCUGACUUGACUGGAUUUACCAAUGUUGUCCUAACAAAUGACCAAUUGUCUGUACUUGUCCCAACUGCACCACAGACAGACACAGUAUACCCGGUUGGUCGUGGACAAACCUACGUACUAUCUGGUAUGCAGUCUACCUGUCCAUUCACAGUUGAUGUAGUUGUGCCAGUUGCAACUGCCGAGACUGUUAGUAUUACAGCCCCAACUAUAGUCAAGGAGACUUGUUUAGGUAGUACUGAUGCAACUGCCACUUUUGUCGUGCCAGCUACCCCAACACAUAUCCUCACUGCUUCGACUAGUUUCUCUGGAUCAAGCUCUGUCUCUACCGGUGUAUUCUCUGCCCUUGCAACUGGUACUUACCAAUUAACCGCCAAUAAUAUUGACAACCCAUUCUGUCAAUCUACAGUAUCAACUACCUCUUCAUUUGAAGUCGGUACAUUAUACACACCAGAAUUUGAAGUUGACACACCCAUCAACUCGUGUAUGGCCGAGUACUCAUUUGGAUCAGUUCACUCUACCUUUGACACUGACUCUGUAUCUCCAGCUUGGACACUCUUCACCUAUACUCUCGAUGCAUCUACUACUAGCCAACCAAGUGGUACCUUUGAAGAUGUUGCAAUUGGAACACACACCAUCACAGCACUUAUCUCUGAACCAAUUUGUCGUCGAUCCAUUACCAAACCAUUUGAGAUUACAAACAGCCAAGCUAUCGUUGCUUCAGUCGACUCUUCAUCAUCGACCAAUACAACUUGUGAAAAGGUUAUUGUCAAGGUUACAGCUACUGCUGCCAUAGACACUGCCUACACUAUCAAAGUUGUUGGUAAUACCACCCAAGAACAACAAGGUGCCGGUGUCAAAGACUACACAUUCCAAGCAUACCCAGGUAUCGAUUACACUAUCACCAUUACAUCAUCAGCAUGUGGACAAAUCAAAUUCCCACUUGUAAACGGUAUUAAUCAAUGUGUUAUCCCACCCGUUGAUAGUUCAAGUAAUAGUAAUAGUAAUAGUAAAAGUGAAGAAAGUGAAGAAAGUGAAAGUGAAGACAGUGAAGACAGUGACGACGACGAUGAUGGGAAAUUAGGAACUGGAGCACUUGUUGGAAUUAUCAUUGGUGUUACUAUUGGUUGUGCCAUAAUUGGUGUCGCUGCCUAUAUACUCAUUAAAAAGAAGUUACAAGAUCGUUAUCAUCAUCCAAUUGAAAUGGAUAGUCCAAAAUACAAGAUUAUGAUGGAUCAAUAA